AUGCUUUCACGACUGCUCAGAUACAUCCGCGUCGAUCCCCUUCCCAAUACCGGGUCUGUGGCCCGCGAUCUGCUCGCAUCCGAGAGAACAUUUCUCGCCUGGGCCAGAACAGGUCUCGGAUUCGUUGCCUUGGGUGUCGCCCUUGAGAAAGUCGAAGCGUUCGCAGCCUUAUCACCCACCUUGCUCCACCUCUCGGACUCAAGGACGAAGCUCGCCGCAGGCGUUCUUGUUGGCAGCGGCAGCCUGUGUGUCGGCCAUGGCACGCUGAGGUAUUUCAGUACUUUGAAGUUGAUCCAGGAGGGGAAGUUUAGACCGAAUACAGGCGGCAUCAGUCUCAUGGCUGUCACUUGCAUUGGAAUCGCCGUUGCGGGAAGUAUCCUGGUUGUGGAGAACGAGGCUGAACAGGGGAGGGAAAAGGAAAAGGAGAAACAUAAAAUAUGA